CUUACAAGAGGAAUAUAACAUUUGACAAAAUUGUUCUGGUGAAUUUUAGAGGAGUGGAGACUAACAGCUUUUCUGUAAAUGAUGAGGACUUACUCCUUCUUGACAGUUUUGCUUUGGAGCUGUAUGUUUCAUGUGAUUCAUAUGAUGCCACCCCCAAAAAGGACUAACAAGCACUCAUACAAUGAAAGGAUAACAGGAUUGUCAAAGAAUGAUGGAAAAACACUGCACCGCACCAAGCGUGGUUGGAUGUGGAAUCAAUUUUUCUUGCUGGAGGAGUACACAGGUCCAGACACUCAAUAUGUGGGUAAGCUACACACUGACCAAGAUAAAGGAGAUGGAAAUUUAAAAUACAUAUUAACAGGAGAUGGGGCUGGCAGUCUGUUCAUUAUAGAUGAAAAUACAGGAGAUAUUCAUGCUGCAAAGAAAUUGGACAGAGAAGAAAAGUCCCUGUAUGUGCUACGUGCCAAGGCUAUAGACAGAAAAACAGGAAGACAAGUGGAGCCAGAGUCUGAAUUUAUCAUUAAAAUCCACGAUAUCAAUGACAAUGAGCCAAAAUUCACCAAGGACAUGUACAUCGCCAGUAUUCCGGAGAUGUCUGGAGUUGGUACAUCUGUUAUUCAAGUGACAGCCACAGACGCUGAUGAUGCCAACUAUGGAAACAGUGCCAAAGUGGUGUACAGCAUCCUCCAGGGACAGCCAUAUUUCUCAGUGGAUCCAGAAACAGGCAUAAUCAAGACUGCUUUACCAGACAUGAGCAGAGAAAACAGGGAACAGUACCAAGUGGUCAUCCAGGCAAAGGACAUGGGAGGCCAGAUGGGAGGACUAUCAGGGACCACCACUGUGAACAUCACUCUGACGGAUGUCAACGACAAUCCACCUCGCUUCCCCCAGAGCACCUACCAGUUCAGCUCUCCUGAGUCUGCGCCACCUGGGACUCCUCUUGGCAGAAUUAAAGCCGAUGACCCUGAUGUGGGUGAAAAUGCAGAGAUUGAGUAUAACAUCUCCAAUGGGGAUGGAUCAGACAUGUUUGAUAUCAUCACUGACAAGGACACACAGGAAGGGAUUAUAACUGUCAAAAAGCAUCUGGAUUUUGAAAACAAGAAGUUAUAUAACUUAAGAGUGGAAGCAACCAACACUCAUCCUGAUCCUCGUUUUCUCCAACUGGGGCCAUUCAAAGACACAGCUAUGGUCAAAAUUUCUGUGGAAGACAUAGAUGAACCUCCAGUGUUCAGCAGACCCUGGUAUUUAAUAGAAGUAGAUGAAGAUGCCAAGGAAGGAAACAUUAUUGGGCAGGUUGUAGCCCAAGACCCAGAUAUAACAAAGAAUGCAAUAAAAUAUUCUGUGGAUCGACACACUGACCUUGACAGAAUAUUUAACAUCUAUUCAGGAAAUGGAUCCUUAUUCAUCUCAAAGGCACUUGACCGGGAAGAAACUCCCUGGCACAACAUCACUGUCAUAGCAACUGAAAUCAAUAACCCUAAACAAAGUAGCCAGAUACCUGUCUUCAUCCGGAUUUUAGACAUAAAUGAUCAUGCACCAGAAUUUGCCAAAUACUAUGAAACAUUUGUUUGUGAAAAUGCAAAAGCAGGACAGCUCAUACAGACUGUGAGUGCAGUUGACAAAGAUGAGCCUCCCCGAGGACACAAAUUUUUCUUUGAGUUGGUGCCAGAAUUUGCUGUUCAUCCAAACUUCUCCAUUGUAGACAACAAAGAUAACACAGCAGGAAUUAUGACUAGAAGAAAUGGAUACAGCCGUAAUAAGAUGAGUACCUAUCUCCUGCCAGUCAUAAUAUUUGACAACGACUACCCGAUCCAGAGCAGCACGGGCACGCUGACCAUCCGGGUGUGCGCCUGCGACAGCCGGGGGAACAUGCAGUCCUGCAGCGCUGAGGCCUUGCUCCUCCCGGCUGGCCUCAGCACGGGGGCACUGGUUGCCAUUCUCCUCUGCAUCAUUAUCCUGUUAGUAUUAGUUGUCUUGUUUACGGCUCUUAAGAGACAGAGGAAGAAAGAACCCUUGAUCAUCUCAAAGGAUGAUGUUCGGGACAACAUCGUGACCUACAACGAUGAAGGAGGUGGGGAAGAAGACACGCAGGCUUUUGACAUUGGCACACUGAGAAAUCCAGAAGCGAGAGAGGAAAGUAAGAUGAGAAGAGAUGUUAUCCCAGAAACUAUAUUUCAGAUAAGACGGACUGCACCUCUUUGGGAAAAUAUUGAUGUCCAAGAUUUUAUUCAUAGAAGGUUAAAGGAAAAUGAUUUAGACCCAGCUGCCCCUCCUUAUGAUUCACUAGCAACAUACGCCUACGAAGGAAAUGAUUCCAUAGCAAAUUCCCUGAGCUCCCUGGAAUCAAUUACCACAGAGGGCAACCAAGACUACGAUUACCUCAGUGACUGGGGACCUCGGUUUAAAAAAUUAGCAGAUAUGUAUGGUGGAGAAGACAGUGAUCGAGACUAAGCAAGUAAUCUGUGACCUGGUCAGUAUUAGUGGAAUUCAUGUCUAUGUUACUAGAUACAGUGGCCUACCCUCUCUUACUUGGGAAUAAAAAACUUACAAAAAAUAGGUGUUGUCUUAGUAAGGGUUUGCUUAAUCAAUAAGUCAACGUGAAUGAAUAUAAAUGAUUUAGAUUUUAAAAAAAUCUAUUGAUCACCCUCUCUGCCUAGAAACCUCUGAUGAAAGGUUUUUAUUAACAACGAAAAGACAAUAAAAGGCUUUUUGUGCCUUUAAUAAUGAGAUGGAACCUUAAUUUUUUUUAAUUGCUUUGCAUUACCUUUCCUACUAGCUGGGACAGUGUGCACCUGCAUUGUAACAUAUUCUCAAAAAUAUACUUUAAAAAAGUUUAAUAUUACUGCCAUAUUUAUUGAGUUAAAGAAUGUCUGUGUGUUGAUUCAUCAUGAUAUUUUUAUAUAUGUAUAUUUAUAUUUUUGUAUUUUUAUUAAAUAAAUUAGUAUUUAUAAAAACACUACUUAUUCACGCACUUUGUUAAUCAUAAGGAACUGUCCAAUCUUUCUGAACAAAGGAAACUGCGUAUUGUGCAAUACUUCAAUUUUGAAUGCAUCUUCUUAUAUUGGAUUAGUGCUUGAAAUGUACUGUGCAAGAACAAUACAGAGAGAGUUCUCUGUGAUGGGAAUGCAGUGUAGAAAAAAGAAAAAUUAUUUUGAAAAAGUGAUUAUAAAUAAAUGCAGUCUGACUUGCA